AUGAACACGGCCGGCGUCAUCAUCCUCGUCCUCGUCCUCUUCCUCGUGGGAGGGGCCGUCGGCUGGGUUCUCUUCACCCGCUGGCGAGCGCAAAGAUUAGGCGUAAGUAGUUCUCUCAAGCCCCUCGUAUUGGCCUUCUCAUUCCUCCUGCUGUCGGCGAUGCUUGCCCCCCCCGGCGGCGCAACACUGGGCGCGCGUUUUGCACAAGACAACCCACCGCCACUGUCCAUACAUACAGACAAAAGGCUAACCAUCAAAACCCAACGCAACAAACAGCUCCCGCCCCCGUCCUGGUCCUCCUUCAUCCCCUUCGUCCGCUCCGAGCCCUCGUACGGCGUCCAGCCCGCGCGCGGCGGCGUCGUCGGCUGGUUCAACGACCAGGUCCGCAAGUUCCGCAACCGCAACAACCGCAGCGCCGCGGGCGCCUACGAGGGCGCCAGCGGCGUCGGCGGUGCCAGUGCCGGUGGUGGGUCGCACGUGGGCACGGGCCGGCAGGGCCGCGCCGGGUUCGGGCCCCUGGACCCGGACGACGCGUGGGACGCGCGCGUCGGCGCCGAGGCCGACAUGUACGGCCCCAGCAGCUACUACGAGGAGCAGGAGCUCGGGUCGCACCCGCAGCACGGCGGGUCGAGCUACGCGAUGAACCUGGCCCGCGACGAGGAGGAGAUGGGUGCCGGCGGCGGCCAAGGCCGGCGCGGCAGGACUGGCGCCCCCGGCACCGGAGGCGGCCGGGCGAACCCGUUCGAGGACGACGCCGAGCCGAGUAACAUGAGUCUGAGGGGGGUGAGCCCGCGGCCGAUCGACACGUCGGCGGCGGCGGCUACGCCGGCGAAGAAGGGCGGGCCGAAGGACGGUGGGAGUGCCGAGAGCAGUCCUACCGAGAGGAGAUCGGUCUUUAGAGAGAACGUGUAA